AGUUCCUUCGGCUCAGUUCUCCGCGGUUCGAUGGCACCCGUUUGGUGCACUGGCCCAGGUCCGGAAUUCUCGACACCUUCGAUGUCCAAGCCAAGCCGCCAGCCAAAGCUUCGGAGGAACCGCACAUAGUUUGAGCGUCUGUCAACAUGUUUGAUCCAGCUGAGAUGUCCGCAGAACAGGCGGAUGAGGCGGAAGCUGCACUGUGUCAAGACAUCUUUGAUGCAGCUUCUCAGGGCCGUGUGGCCGCCGUGCGGCACUUCCUCCGUGGGAACGCUGCACUGGUGAACGAAGAAAGCACGACAGGUCGAUCACUGCUUCACUUGGCCAUGGACACCGACGUAGUGGAGCUCAUGGAGCUCCUCCUCAGAAGUCAUGCCGAUGUCAACUUUGCGGACUGGCUCGGCCAGACCGUGCUCCAUCUGGCCUGUGCCCGCUCUUUGGACCCACCCAUUGGGGUGCUCCGGCUCCUGGACGCCAGGGCUCAGGUGAAUGAGAUCGAUGAGUUCGGCCUCACCCCAUUGCACAAAGCGGCCGAGCGGGGGCAGGUGGCGCUCAUCCAAAGCCUCCUGGAAGCCCAAGCAAACGCGUGUGCGACCACUCCCGAGGGCAUAACUCCGCUUGGGCUGGCUCGAGAAGGGCUUCACUCGGCAGCAGUGGAAGUGUUGCAGCACCCGGACCUCUACGUGGAUUUGGAGCGGCGAGAUGUGCCACACCAGGAACCCUUCAGAUGGGAUCAGGCGAGCGGCCGUGUGCCGCGCGGGGCUUCGCCCGUUUCAGCGCUCAGCACUGGCGAGGUGAUGCCGACACCAGCAUCACCCUUAAGGAGGCCUGGCGAGGUGCUUCGAACAACCUCACCAUUGAGGAGGGCUGGUGAGGUGUCACCAACAUCCAUGCCAUCGAGGGUUAGCCAGGCAUCUCCAAGAUCUGGCAAGGCGUCCUCGACAUCGCCGCGGCGGACGGUCGAGGUGCAGACAUCUCCACUGUUCAGGACCAACCAGGCGUCCCCAAGAUCUCCAUCCACCCAGGAGUCUCGAACAUCCUCGUUCAUCAUGGCUGGCGAGGCAUUCCAAUCUUCGCCGCGGGCUGGUCAGGCAUCUCGACCCUCCUCGCGCCCCAGGGCUGGCCAGGUGUCUUCAACAGCGCCAUGCAGGGCUCGUCAGGGGUCCCCAAGAUCUUCACCAUCCAGGGCCAGUCAGGCAUCUCCAAGCUCUUCACGAUCUAGCCAGGUCGCCGUGUCCUUUGCGAGGUAUAGUACCAACCUUCUUGAUGCCGCAGAGAAGGGGCUCUUGGGCGACGUGCGGCAUUUCCUACGCCUGGAUCCCACAGCGGUGAGGAGCAGCUACUUGUCAGGCCAAACCGCCCUCCAUGGGGCAGCUUCCAAGGGUCAUGUGGAUGUGGUCCGGGAGCUGCUGAGACGUCGAGCGCUCCUCGACAGUGCCACAGAGCUUGGCCACACACCAUUGCACCUGGCGGCUAGGGCUGGGCAUGUGGACGUGGUGAAUGCCCUCCGACAUGCCAAAGCCCAGGUGCAGAUGGCGGGUCAGGGCUGCUGGACGGCGCUGCACCUGGCAGCCGCCGCAGGCCACUCCGAUGUGAUCCACGCCCUGCUGGUGGUCGCCAAAGCCCGUGCCAACUCCGUUAACGAGGAUGGCCAGACGCCACUGCACCUGGCUGCUGCUGGGGGCCAUGCUGGGGCAGUCAAAGAACUGCUCCGCACCGCUGGAUUCCUUCGCAAAGCUGUGGAUCAUGAAGGCCGGUCGGCGCGGUUCUUGGCCGUCGCGAAGGGCCAUGCGGAAGUCGUCCAGAUCCUAUCUGAGCACCAAGAUCAAUGCCGGACCUAUCGGCAGGCAGGUGCUUCGUAAAAAAGCUGGCUGGAAGACAUCCUGCAGUGCCUGAACUCCC